UGAACGUAUCGGAGAAAACAAGGAGAAAUCAUUCAAUGUUUCCUAUUCUCUUACACGAUAGCGUCCAAACACAAAAACAAACAAAUAAUGAACAUUAACAUAAAAUAUUACAUAUGCGUCUUCUCUGUAAUUUAAUUUACAGUAAUUUUUCCAUUAAUCAUUUGAAUCUCGAAUUUGAUUAAGAUAAUUUCGAUUUGAUUUGACACCAAACCCACCAUGGCCUAGAAAAGACCCCUUCCAAUUGUAUUGAAAAGAAAAUCAAUCGAAAGAAACCCACAAUUAACUCUUGUAAAUUUCAUCAGGAAACACUAUUAACAAAGCAGCGUAGAAUUAAAAUUUCUCGUCAAGAAGAUUUAAUUAACGUGCAUAUGAUUCCACAAUGAGGGUAAAUUAACUUUUAAGAUGCAAUCGAGGUAAUUAAUUAACCCACAUGAUGUCAUUGGAGAUGCAGUGCAGAAACCAAAGAAAAGCUUUGUCCAUAAUCAGACUGAUCAUUUUAGAUUUUAACAACUUCUGGUUGUGAAAUUUAGCGCCAUUAAUUGAUCAAGCCAAAAAUUAAUGCGUUCGAUCCAAAGCUGUCCCAUUUUCUCUAGACAUUGGACAUUAUAAAAGGGGCCUAAAGGCCAAGAAUAUAGCUCUCUGUCCCGCUUUACUCCAAUAUGGACAAGUUCGUGAGCAAUCCAUGGAACCCAUCAAAGAGUCCUAGCAGCCAUGAGAUUGAGAUGGUGGACUUGAGCCAAGAAUCUCCGGCCAAUAAUAUCGCGAAUGAACAGGAAAUCAUCAAGAGACUAAGUUGUGGAGCAAACCAGCUGGAAGCAUUAGCAAUAAUCCCCAGCAAGAAGAGCAUAUUCGAAGAAUGGACGAACACAUUUGUGAUGGUUCCAUUCACCAUCAUCACCAAUCUCUUUACGGCCUUGUGGGCUGUCAACGGCAAUGGACAAUUUGCUGUUAGCCGUUCCACUUGCCACAUCUUUUUCUUCUUCCUGGUGAUGAUAAAUUUUUAUGCAUCAAUAGUUGGAAUUCUUCUGUGGCGGGUCUAUCCCAAGGUGGCUCGAGGGAUUCACCUGAUAGCCUUUGUAUGUGCCCUCCUGUCACUGACACUGCUGUUUUCUGCACUUCUUCCUUGUGAACUCAAGGGGGUGCCCUGGAUUUUCAUGGCAAUUGUGCUUCUCAUAGUUGUUGGACUCCUUGUCUAUGAGCUCUCUUUACUCUCCAAGAAAUCGUCCUGAUGUCCUCCUGGGAUUAUCAGCAAUAAUAUAGUGCCUGUCUUGUGUCUAAUAAUAAUCGUCAGGAAUCUUCUCUCUUAGAUGGGAGAUGCACGUGUGUGUCUGUAUUUGGCUGCCAUUGUUGUUGUCAUCAUUGAGAAAAAUAUAUAUCGUUUUUUAGUAUUUAAA